CCACCGAGGAGCAGCAACGGGCCGAAGCCCGAACCCGGACCCCCGCCGUUUCCAGGGAAACCCAUGGAAACCAGGGAUCCACAGCACUUCCGUGAACACAGCACUAUGGGUAGUAUUGGACCAACGAAACAAAACGUACUUGACCAUGAUGCAAAUUGACUUGAUUUAACUGUCUAUACUGAUGAACGGUUGGGUCAGAAAACAAACAAUUGAUAGUUGUACUGAAGCUGCCUCCCCUCCACUGAACUGGAACAAUGAAGAGAUUCCGAAGACAUGGGCAUGAGCUUAACCGAGAGCGCAUCAAACAGGACCUGUUUCAAUUUAACAAGACUGUGGAGCAUGGAUUUCCACAUCAGCCCAGUGCUCUUGCUUACUGUUCAAGUCUCCAGCUCAUGGCCAUUGGAAGCCGUUCAGGGGCCUUCAAGAUCUACGGAGCACCUGAGGUGGAGAUCAUGGGCUUGCAUGAGGAGAAUGCAGCGGUUACCCAGAUUCACUUUCUACCAGAACAGGGUCAGUUGGUGACACUCUUGGAUGAUAACAGUCUGCAUUUAUGGAAACUGAGGAAAAGCCCAGAUGGACUGAGUGUCCUAAAGGAAGAGUCUCAUUUUGAUCUAAGAGGACAACCUGGUACUCCACCAAGUGUCACUACAAUAACUGUUGUCCUCCCUCAUUCGUCUGGUGAUGUGCUGUUUCUGGGGACUGAAGGUGGCUGUGUAUUUGUAGUGGAACAUCCAUCCUUCAGAGAGCAGGAAGAGAGAACCAUCAGCCAGGAGGCUGUUCUACAGAAAGUGCCCGAUGAUUAUCGAAGUAAACGUCCACUAGGAUCUGUGGAGGCCCUGGAGGAGAACCCAAGAAACCCCCAUCAGAUACUGAUUGGAUAUAGCAGGGGCCUUAUCAUAUUGUGGGAUUUGCAGACCAGUGAAGCAACACAUCAGUUUCUGGGAGAUCUGCAGCUGGAGAAUGUGACCUGGCAGAGAGAUGGGCGGCAGAUCAUCAGUUCCCACAGUGAUGGCAGUUACUGUCAAUGGCCUAUAUCGAACAAUGAUCGAUUGCCACAGCCUUUAGAAAACAAAGUGCCUUAUGGUCCCUUCCCUUGCAAAGCAAUUCCAAAGAUUCUUUGGCUCACAACUAAGCAAAGGACUCCAUUCAUCAUCUUCAAAGGGGGGAUGCCUCGGGCCAGCUAUGGUGACCGACAUUGUAUCUCUGUCCUACAUGGCUCCAAGCAGACUGCGUUUGACUUUACUUCUCGAGUCAUUGAUUUCUUUGUUGUUGAUGAGGGCGAAUCUGAAUCGGACUGUGAUGAGCCAAGUGCACUGCUUGUCCUAGCAGAGGAAGAGCUGGUAGCAAUUGAUUUAAAGACCCCUUCGUGGCCAGUGAUUCAGUCACCAUACCUGACACCUCUCCACUGUUCAGCAAUUACAUGCUCCCACCACGUAUCCAACAUCCCCAUUAAACUCUGGGAGAGAAUCAUUGCUGCUGGUAACAAGCAGACCUCUCACUACUCCAGUAAGCCAUGGCCUAUUGAUGGAGGGUACAGCACCGCCCCUGAACCCCCACAGAGAGAUCUGCUCCUCACUGGACAUGAAGAUGGGACAGUACGUUUCUGGGAUGCUUCUGGAGUGUGCCUGAAGCCUCUUUAUAAACUCAGCACAGUUGGUGUAUUUGUCACAGAUGCAGAUCACAAUGACAACUUGAAUCAGUCUGGGGAGGAUGAAUGGCCACCCCUCCGGAAGGUGGGCUCCUUUGAUCCAUACAGUGAUGACCCCAGGCUAGGAAUCCAAAAGAUUCACUUGUGCAAGUAUAGCAGUCACUUGACAGUGGCGGGCACUGCAGGACAGGUUUUGGUGUUGGAGUUGAAUGAUGAGGCUGCUGAUCAGGAGGUGGUCUGCACGCUCGUUGACAUCUUGCAAGACCAGGAUACGUUUAAGUGGAAAGGGCAUGAGCGUUUGAACCCACGUGAGGAGCCUGUCCAUUUCCCCGCAGGCUUCCAACCAUUUGUCCUUGUGCAGUGUCAGCCCCCAGCUGUUGUGACAUCACUUGCCCUACAUUCCGAAUGGAAACUCGUGACUUUUGGCACAAGUCAUGGCUUUGGGCUGUAUGACUACCAGCAAAAACGCACCGUUGUGGUGAGGUGUACACUCCACCCCAGUGACCAGCUGGCCCUUGAAGGGCCCCUCUCAAGAGUAAAGUCAAUCAAAAAAUCAUUACGACAUUCAUUCCGUCGGAUCCGGGGGACCAGAGCAUCGGGGAGAAAAAGAGCAAUACCUGGGAACAAUGCAGCUAAGGUACAGGAGGCCAAUGCUAGGAUGGACCGGGAGGCAUUAAAUGAGAUGGAGUUGGCCCCGGUGCAGCGCAGAAUUGAGGCUCGAUCCGCUGAAGAUUCCUUUACUGGAUUUGUUCGAUCACUUUAUUUUGCAGAUUCUUUUGUAAGAGAUGGAUCUUACCAUGGACCGUCACUGUGGGCUGGUACCAAUGGUGGAACCAUAUUUGCAUAUGCUAUUAACAUUCCGCCUGUGGAAAGGAGGAUGGAAGAGCCAGUCACUGCGACUCAGGUAAAGGAAAUCCAGUUAAUGCACAGAGCUCCUGUGGUUGGGAUCUUUAUUCUGGAUGGUCGAGGAAUCCUCCUCCCUGAACCACUAGAGGCAGCACAUGACCUUUCUAAGAGCCCAGACAUGCAUGGGAACCACAUGCUGCUGGUUAUAUCUGAGGAGCAGUUCAAGAUAUUCACUCUACCAAAAGUCAGCACAAAGAACAAGCUGAAACUGACAGCAGUUGAAGGGUCCCGCGUGCGGAAAGUAUCCGUGGCCAGCUUCAGCAGCAAUCGAGUGGAAGAUUACAGUGAGAAUGGGCUUCUGGUGCUUACAAACCUUGGCGAUAUCCAGGUCAUUUCUGUCCCUGCACUCAGAAGUCAGGUUCGGUAUGAGUGCAUCAGGAAGGAAGACGUCAGUGGAAUUGCGUCCUGCGUCUUCACAAAGUCUGGGCAAGGGUUUUACCUCAUCUCUCCUUCAGAAUUUGAGAGGUUCUCUGUUUCAUCAAAGUGGGUGGUGGAACCAAGAUGUGUUAUUGAUAUUGAUGAAGGAGUUGGAACCAGGGCUUCCCAUCAAAAAGCAGCGCAAGAUGGAGUGGUCAUGAAAGCCAACUCCAAGGAAUCGGAGCAUUCACAGCAGCUGCCAUCUGGAUUGAGUGAGGGUGAUGGAAGGAAAAUGGCAGAGAUCAUGGAGCAUGCACUGCUUAAUGAUGAGAGCGUUUUACUGGAAAUUCAGAGCACGCUUGAGUCUGAAUCGGCUCUAACUGACAGAUUGAGUUUUGGACACCUGGACAGGAACUCCAAAAACUCCGCUGGGGUACAGUCUCCAAAGCAAAGGAUGAUUAAUGGAGGUUGGUACAGUCAAAAUAUGACAAAAAAUUGUGCUUUUAUAACUGUUACCCCAGAUUUGAAGAGUUCCCCAAACACUUAACUUUUAUGACCUCGAUCCAUAAAGUACGGAAAUACAUUCUUUGGUCCAACUCGUUCAUGCUGACCAUCCUAAACUGAACUAGUCCAAUUUGCCUGCAUUUGGUCCAUAUCACUCUAAACCUUUCCUAUUCAUUUUGCCUAUCCAAAUGUCUGUUAAAUGAUGUAAAUAUAAUCGUACCAGCUUUCACCACUUCCUCUAGUAGCUCAUUCCUUACACA